AUCCAUCUCAUAUACUCUAGGCCACUGAUAAAAUCGCAUCACACUCCAAAAACCCCACAAAAUAGUCUAAAAACGCCCAGGAAAAUGCGUCGUCAAUUUUACAAUGUAGUAGUAUUUUUGGCGCUAUUAUUAAGCGUCACCUUAUGGACGCCUUACACUGCAACUGCACUCAGCACAAAUUACUACGCUAAAACAUGUCCUAACGUUGAAAAAAUAGUUAGACAAGCUGUGCAGAAGAAAAUCCAGCAAACUUUUGUUACCAUUCCUGCUACUCUCCGUCUCUUUUUUCAUGAUUGCUUUGUCAAUGGUUGUGAUGCCUCGAUUAUGAUUCAAUCAAGAGGUACUAACAAGGCUGAAAAAGACCAUCCUGACAAUCUUUCACUAGCGGGAGAUGGGUUUGAUACAGUGAUUAAGGCAAAAGCUGCUGUAGAUGCAGUGCCUGGAUGUACAAAUAACGUUUCUUGUGCUGAUAUUCUUGCUCUUGCUGCCCGUGAUGUUGUAAAUUUGGCUGGCGGACCAUUUUGGAAAGUAGAGUUGGGAAGGUUUGAUGGAUUAGUAUCAACUGCGUCCAGUGUGAAUGGAAGAUUGCCGCAACCAACUGAUGAUUUAAAUCGGCUUAACUCUUUAUUUGCUUCCAAUGGCCUCACCCAAAAUGAGAUGGUUGCUCUCUCAGGGGCCCACACCGUGGGAUUCUCACACUGCAGCAAAUUCUCAAACAGGAUAUACGGGUUCACACCAAAGAAUCCAAUUGACCCGACCCUAAAUGCACAAUAUGCCACCCAACUGCAGGGUAUGUGCCCAAAGAAUGUGGAUCCCCGAAUUGCUGUAAAUAUGGAUCCAGUAUCACCAAGGAUGUUUGACAAUGUUUACUACAAAAACUUGAUUAGUGGAAAGGGUCUUUUCACUUCCGAUCAAGUUCUUUAUUCUGACCAACGAACUAGAGGACUUGUUACAAAUUGGGCCCAAAGUUCUCUAAAUUUUAAACAGGCUUUCGCAAAUUCUAUGAUCAGGUUGGGUCGAAUUGGAGUUAAAAAUGUUAAAAAUGGAAAUGUUCGAGUUCAAUGUGAUGUCUUUAACUAAGAACAUUGUACUUUUUUAGUAAGCUAUUCUUUGAGUUUAGUAUUGAAAAUAAUAUUUUUUCUCAUAAUAUAUUUCUUUUAGUAGCAAACUUAAGAGAAAGAAGAAUAUUAGAGUCUUAUUGUAGACAUUUUUUCCUAGUUUUUGAAUAUUAAGGUGGUGUUGAUGUAUUUAAAUGUUGAUUUGGAUGAUGAGGUACUAAGUAAAAGUAGUUUAUAUGUAUGAUUGUUUUUCUUUUUGUAUGUUUAAAAUACCUUAUAAAUAAAAUGGUUGAUUCAAAUGUAUUCUAUU